AUGACGGAACACUCGGGGACAUAUACGGUGGCUGCUCUCUCUCGUUUUCGUGCUGAUAUCAUGACUGAACCUAUUCAUGAGGGAAAACUUAACCCUUCCGGACGUUCAAGUACGGCCAUGCCAGGAGGGAACGGAAGAAGAACGAGACACCUCAUCAACCUACCCAACGACAUUGACAGGGUCAUGUCUCAUGCAUUUCAGUUGGCAUCGCGCAAGCUGAGUAGGAACCCAGAUAGCCCGCCGUCGGACCUUAGAUCUUACAUCCGAGCCUUAUUUGAUCUCCUCCAUUCGCUGGCGGCGCUAUCACCCUUCGUCGCCGAGUGUUUGGAUCCCGGGCUUGCCGGUUUCGCCAGUUGA